AUGAACGUUCCGUACGAUUUAAGCGCAUAUUUUCCCGAUAUGCCUAUCCAGAGACUUGACAGUGUGACGCUUAGACGACUAAAUCCACGGAAAUGCUGGAUUGUUGAGAAAACAAUCAAUAGCAUGGGAACACUUUCGGCAACGGUAAGUUUUGAUUACUGGAUUAUUUAUCAAGAUUAG